UAGAGUAGAGGGUGGAGAGGAGGAAGUGGAGGGGGAGGAUGAUGCUUUUCCUGGCCAGCUGACCUAUCAGUGAGCUCGGUUCUGGAGGCCUGUAGGUGAUGCACAUGCAGAGGAGGGAGAGGAGACACUUGCUGAGUCUGAUUAAGUCAUCUCUGCUGCGGGGGACCACUUGCCUCGUGACAUUUGGCGCCACUAAUUGCCUCUCUGAUUAAUUACACUGCCUGUGAUGGUGCAAACUGGAGUGGCGAGGUUCCCCGCCGUGCUGUGAACUCCUGCUGCCACCAUCUUUUUUUAUCUCCUGAGCCAAGGUUCACCAUGACACUGGAUAGAGGCGCCUGUUGGACACGAUGACGGCCGACAAGGAGAAGAGAAGGGUGAUCAGCCGUGAGGCGGCCAGAAAGAGACGUCAAGUGGAGUCGGAGGUGUUUAGAGAUUUAUCUCGGCUGCUGCCUCUCCAACCCUCGGUCCGAUCCAACCUGGACAAGCCCUCUGUCAUCCGCCUCACCCUCAGCUACAUACGCAUGCACGCACUGCUCAAAGUGAACUUUGCGACAGAGGCAGAGACCAGUCAGAGUGUAAAAUAUGGAGACGUGUUGGAAGGUGGAGAGGAAGUGUGUGACGGAGGACAAGAUGGUGGGGAGAAAGAGACGGAGGAAGCCACGGAGGAAGCCUCGGGGGAGACACAACUGCAUCUGAGCACCCUGGAGGGGUUUCUGAUGGUUUUAUCCUCUGAGGGGGACAUGGUCUACCUGUCAGACAAUGUCAGCAAAUACAUGGGCUUGACACAGACUGAGUUGAUGGGACACAAUAUUUUCGACUUUACUCACCCCUCUGACCACGAAGAAAUCAGAUUUAAUCUACAGCGGAUGUCAGAGGGAGUUUGGUGCGGUGCCACGAGGACCUUUGUCCUGAGGAUAAAAAGCACUCUGACCCAAAGAGGAAGAAGCACCAACCUCAAAUCAGCGACGUGGAAGGUUCUGCACUGUCAGGGUCGAGUGAGGGUGUGUUCAGCUCCCUCCGCGGGGUCCUGCCUGCUGCUCACCUGCCAACCUCUGCCCCUGUCACACACACUCCUCAGCUCACACACCUUCACCAGCCAGCACAGCAUGGACAUGAGGUUCACGCACUGUGACCAGAGAGUGACUUUGCUUUUAGGCUACAGUCCUGUCGAGCUGCUCGGCCGUUCCAUUUACGAUCUCUGUCACACACUGGACACAGACUGUCUGACCAAGAAUCAUCUGAACUUGUGUUUUAAGAGUCAGUCGGUGAGCGGUCAGUACAGGAUGCUGGUGAGAGGUGGAGGUUACGUCUGGGUGGAGAGUCACUGCGCCGUCAUCCCCAGUGUCCGAGCCUCCAAGUCCAGGUUCCGCUCGUACCAGCCUCUCUGCAUCCUCUGUGUUACCUACAUCCUCAGUGGAGUGGAGGAGCCGUCCCUGCUGCUCUCUUUGGACCAGACUAUCAACAGAUAUCUCAGCUGAAAGUGUAUUAACAGUCGUCCUGUAGAAAAACAACAAUCGGCCCGUAUACUUCCUUCUGUCAAAUGAUUUCCAUCCAGCUAACUUUGAUCAAAUAUAAGACUUUCUCACUCAAAAUAAAGUGCUGUCAUCUGA